AUGUUCGGCAUCUACAAAGGGGAUCUUGUCACCGUUAAUUAUUCUGGCAAGAGGGAACUCACUCUGUCCAGGAAGGAUCUCAUUGAGCUAGUGAAAAUGAAGGAGCUGCAGCACGACAACAUCGUGUACUUCCUGGGGGCCUGUGUCGAGCCCGACAGGAUAUGCUACCUCACACAGCACUGUGCCAGAGGCACUCUGCAGGAUAUGCUGGCUGACAUUCAAACCCCUGUCGACUGGACCAUCAAGAUAUCAUUCAUCACUGACCUGAGCAAAGGAAUGAAUUACUUGCACAAAUCUUUCAUUGGCUGUCACGGAAAGCUGACGAGUAACGUGUGCCUAGUUGACAACAGAUGGGUCCUUAAGAUCACAGACUUCGGUCUGUCAGCCUUCAAGUUAGUACAAAAGGAAGACAAACCGGGAAAUGAUUUUUACAAAAGUUUGUUGUGGACCGCGCCAGAGCACUUGAUGUCAUCUCUCUCACUCGCGAGUCAGAAAGGUGAUGUGUACAGUUUUGGCAUUGUCGCCUACGAAAUACUCUACAAAACAUUUCCGUACGAUGAUGUCAACUUGGAUUGCAAAGACAUAAUAAUGCGCAUACUUGACCUGCGUAUUGAACCAUUCCGACCACACCUGUCGCCACUGAACGACCCUGACGCCAACCCUGCGAUCUUGAAUCUCGUGGCUCAGUGCUGGUCCGAAGAUGCAAAUGUUCGUCCAACGUUCGAUGUCAUCGAGAAGACGCUGAAGAAGUUUUACUUUGGAAAAACUGAGAGCAUAGUGGACAGCAUGUUGAAGAAGGUGGAGAAGUACGCGAACAAUCUAGAGAUGAUCGUGGAGCAGAGAACACAGGAAGUGAUUGAGGAAAAGAAGAAGACAGAUUUGUUGCUGAACAGCAUGUUGCCACCUUUCAUAGCAGAUGAGUUGAAGGCAGGUCGCAAGGUGGAGCCCAAGAUGUACCAGAGUGCCACGGUGUAUUUCUCAGACAUUGUUGGGUUCACGACGUUGUCAUCUCAAAGCACUCCCAUGCAAAUUGUGGAUCUGCUUAAUGAUCUCUAUGGAGCAUUUGAUGAUACCAUCUCUAAGCAUAAUGUUUACAAGGUUGAGACGAUAGGAGAUGCGUACAUGGUUGUGAGUGGUCUGCCUCAGGUAACAGAGCGCCAUGUCGUGGAAAUAUGCAACAUGGCAUUGGAUCUGCUGGGCAUCGUCAAGACCUUCAAGAUCAGACAUCGGCCUGAGAUGACACUCAUGUUGAGGAUUGGCAUUCAUUCGGGACCUUGUGCUGCCGGAGUGGUCGGUCACACGAUGCCUCGCUACUGCUUGUUUGGUGAUACGGUCAACACCGCAUCCAGGAUGGAGUCAACUGGUGAAGCAUUGAAAAUUCAUCUGAGCACUCCAGCCAAAGACCAGCUAUGCAAGUUUGCAGGCUAUGUCGUUGAGUUGAGAGGUCCCACAGAACUGAAAGGUAAAGGGACGAUGACAACUUACUGGCUCUUACGGAAAGAUCCACUCAACGAGGUCUGA